CUGUCCGCUUUCCAGACCAUAUGCGAGAAUGACCAAAUUGCCCUGAUCAAAUAUAGCAGUAUCGAGGCGUUACUUAUGCGCACAGCCCUCUACUUUGAUUACGACCAAGAGUUUUGGACAUUUAUUCACGAUACUAAAGGUGGCAUUAAAUGCAAACUGGACUUGCUGAAAGACUUGCACAACCUAAAUGGCAUCGAUGGUUACAAUUGUUAUUAUGAGAAGUUCCCCGAUCGACCAAACCUUAUACAUAAAGAGAUGGUUAAACUUCAGCAACAGUUAUACAUGUAUUUAUUGAAACGCUAUUUCCAUAUGAAGUACGGGUCGAGUUGUGCGGCACAGGAAAGGUUUCUAAGGAUAAUUAACUCGUUGGAAGAGUUGAGCAAAUUUGUGACCAUUCAUAGAGAGGCCCAUCGCAGGGAUCACAACACACAGAUCGGCCCUUUGCUCCGGGAAGUACUCGAUUUGCCCGCACUCGACAACUGCCCAAACAAUAAUGAUUAUACUGUGUUAUGA